UGGCAGCCAGCGCUUCCCACUGGCACAGCUACCUCGGGGUGAUUGUGUCCCGCGAGAGACAGCGGCUGGAGCAUUUCCAGCGGGCCGAGGACAUCCUGCUGACCCUGCUGGAGGGUGUCCACGCCAGGGAGCCCCGCUUCCUCGUAGACUAUGCCAGGAACCUGGAAGCCUUCGAGUUUGCUCUCUGCGCCUCUGAGGAUGCUGUCACGGUGGAGGUCCCCCUGCGGAUCGAUGGCGACGGCCUGCGGGUGCUGACAUGCUGGUGCAGAGACACCCCAGCUGGGCACCAUCUGGGGCUGGGUACCUGCUGUCUGGAAGUGCCCUCUCCAGGGACCGACUUGGAGGACUGGACCAGCGCUGUGGGUGUGAUGGAGCAGGGAGGUGGUGCGGGGUGCCUGGUUCCGGGCAAAGUCCUCCAGCACCUGAAAGAGCUUCUUGUUUCGGCCAUCGUGCACUGCCAACGCCGCUUCCUGCUUCAGCCAGGUGACCUCAGCGCCGAAAAUCUGAAGGAAGAUGCUAUGGAGCUCUCCCUGCUGAUCCGCGGCGGCUGGAAGACCAUCCGCUUUGACAUUGUCCCCGUGGUGAGGAGGCGGCAGGAGCCGCUCUGGCUCAAAGGGCGGCAGAGCGACAGGGGCUUCCCUGAAGGCAGCCUCCGGAAGGCCACAGAAGAGGCCCAUUUCAUCCCUGCCUCUCCCCAUUGCUGGAGAUCCUCCACUCACCUCCCCAUCCUGAAGCUGCUCCAGGCAGUGGACUCAAUGAAGGGACCCCGUCUGGACAGCCUUCGCCUGCUCGACCAGCUCCGCAGCCAGGACUGGGGAGAGGAGGGUGGGAAAGGUGGUCUCACCUUCAACCACCUGAAGAUGGUGCUGCUGUGGAGCACGGAGCUCUUCCCCUCCCCAGAGGACUGGCAGGACCUGGAGGGCUCCGUCUACAGGCUCUUGGUCAUCCUCCUCCGCUGCCUGGCCACCCAGCACCUGCCCCACUUCCUGCACCCAGAGGAGAACCUCUUCCAAGGAGAGUCCCCAGACCUCACCUCCCUCUACUGUAAAGUGGAGAGCUUUGCCCGAGACCCCCGACGCUUCCUUCGCUUCCAUUUUGGCCUCCCUGUGCGCUCUGACAGCUGGCAGGCAGACCCUGGCACCCGAGCCCUGCUGCAGCUCCCUGAUGAGGACGGGUCCUACUGGGACACAGCCUACUUUGACAUCCUGCUCAACCAGUUCCAGGUGUACCAGAUUGAGGACGGCUCACGCCACUCAGCGAUGUCCCAGCUCCUCUCCAAGAUCCGGCGAGAAAUCCCCCAACAGAGCUGA